UCUCAUACCCCAUUCCAUCAUCUCCCCAACAUUUUCUCCAAAAUUACUUAACAAAGAGUUCAAAACAUAAACAAAAAAGCAAACGGUCAUGUUUAAAAUGAGCAGAGUGCGCAGGAUAAGAGAAGGCACCACCACCACCAUUACCAAAUUGUCAAAAAAGCAAAAUUGAACAGAAUGUGUCAAAUAGCGGCUAUGUAAUUAAAAUAAUUUCUUUUAAUUUAAUUAAAUUAAGGGGAAAUUUUCUUUUUAUUUCAUUACCAAAAAUUGAAGCUUUUUUGUUUUCUCUUUGUCUGAAAAAAAAAAGAAACUUUUUUAUUUUGUUUUCUUUUAAAUGAAUGUAGCUGAAAGCCACAAACUUUACUUCAAUUCUCACCACUCUUAGUUACCAAGCUUCAAUCUUUGCUCUACCCUUUUGUUGAAAUUAUAUUUUCAGUUUCAAAUUUCACAAUCUUUGUUGUAAAAUCAAGAAAUUUUAAUUCUUUUUAGUGGGGUUUGUUUAUUUUUGUUUACUUUUUGUAAAAAUUGAGCUAUUAGAAUCUUGAUUGAUCCAUGUCGUUCGAUAUUAGCUAGAAGAUUUCCCAGUUUAAUUGUGUUUUUAUAGCUUAUUGCUGCUUGAAAAAGUUUGUUUCUUGCAAAGAAUUAAUGGCUAGUUGCAAAAGUUUUGAUGUAUGCUUUGAAAUGUUUGGUACUGAUCUUGAAAGUUUGAAUCUUUAGUGUAAAGAUUUAGUGUUAUAUUAGUGUGAAGAUUAGAGAGUGUUUAGUUGGGGGUGAGGUGAGUGAGGAAUGGGUAGAGAUCGUUUGCUAUUGGCUACAGCAGGACCACCAAUAAAAGCAAGAGCAGGGUUGAGGAGAAAACAAGCUGGGAGAGGUUCAUACAGGGCUAGCUAGAUUUUGGGAGAGAUUAGGGUUUUGCUUUUUUUCUUUUUGUUUUGAGGGGAAAAAAGGGUUUUAAUUUACUUGACUGACUUUGGCUGGUUGGUUUAGUGGUGGUGGUGGUGAGUGGAGGCUGGUUUUUUAGGUGUUCUUUUUGAGGGAGAUGGGGACUGACUUGCAUAAUGCUUUGAGGAGCUUCUGCUUCAACACUGAUUGGAAGUAUGCUGUGUUUUGGAAGCUCAAGCAUCGAGCUCGAAUGGUUCUAACUUGGGAAGAUGCUUACUAUGACAAUUUUGAACAACAUGAUCCUGUAGCGAAUAAGUGCUUUGGAGAGACCCUUGAGAACUUGUGCGGCGGGCGUUAUUCACAUGACCCGCUUGGAUUAGCCGUGGCAAAGAUGUCGUAUCAUGUGUAUUCUCUUGGAGAAGGGAUUGUUGGCCAAGUGGCAAUUACUGGAAAACAUAGAUGGAUCAUUGCAGAUAAGCAUGUGACAAAUUCUAUCUCCUCAUUUGAGUUCUCUGACGGCUGGCAAAGUCAGUUUUCAGCGGGGAUCAGGACCAUUGUUGUUGUUGCUGUUGUUCCCUAUGGAGUUGUGCAACUCGCAUCUUUGAAUAAUGUCGCUGAGGAUAUGAAGCUGGUAACCCAUAUCAAAGAUGUCUUUUUAUCCCUUCAAGAUUCCCCGGUAAAUAAUGCUACUAGUCCUUUGCAACACAGCAUGAUGAAGAGUUCCUCAUAUCUGCAUUUGCCUACAAAAGGCUUGGAUUCAGAAUCAGUGGCUAUUCCUAGUGGUUUAUACUACUCAGAUAAAGUAGCAGACAAGAGCACGCCAUACAAUCAGUCCACCGUGCUCCCUUAUUUACAGAAACAAUUGGACAAUUCUUCUCAUAAUUACUCCCUUCCUCCUGGUAUCCAUCAGAAUACAUCAGUUGAGUUGAUAAAUAAACAUGGAGGGCAUGAAUCGUCCAUGCCAAUGAAUUUUGAAAGUGUGAAAUUGCUUCAGCCUAGAUCAGAUAAUUACUAUUUGGAGCAGCAGAAUCAAGUAGGAAGAAAUUUAUUAGUUAACCACACAUGUGGAGAAACGACUAGUGUUUGGCAAGAUCCGGGUGGGGGAUCGGCGUUGAACAUAACUCCACAUUUGAAUAGUUAUGUUAAGGAUAUUAUAAAUUUAGAUGAUGUUAUACUUCCAUAUGAAAAGUUUGGAACUGAUCUUGCAAACUUUCCUGUGGACCUUCUCGACUCUACUUUUUGUCAUAGAUCUAAGUCAGAUGGGCUAGAUACUUGUCAAAAUGGAGCACUGAACAUGCCUGAUUCUUCACGAAUGAAUCUCAGAAAAGGUCAUGAUAAAAAGCUGGAAUAUCAAUCUGAGUCAAGUGACAUAGAUACCUCGAACACAUUUUUAAAGUUCUCGGCAGGCUCUGAGCUGCAUGAAGCUCUAGGAUCAGUUUUUUCUAAAAGGUCUAUGUACUUUGAUUGUGAAGCAGAAAAGACUGAAGUCGGGAACAUUGCUGAGGUGCUAGAAGGAAUAAGUUCUAGCCAGUUAACAUUCGACCCUGGUUCAGAAAAUCUUCUAGAAGCUGUAGUAGGCAGUGUUUGCUAUAGUGGCAGCAGUGAAGCGAAAUGUGAGAAAUCUGUCAGUAAAUCAGUGCAAUCUCUGUUGACAACUGAGAAAAUGCCAGAGCUUCAGUGCCAAGCAAAACAUAUUAUCCAUUCAUCUGAUUUUUCGAUUAAGCAGCAGUCUUUGGUUCAAGAGGAGAAACACAACUGCUCAAGCUCAACAGGCGUAUAUGGUGCGAUAUCUUCAAAAGCAUUUUCGUCAACUUGUCCAAGUAACUAUAGUGAACAGUUAGAUAGGCGCUCUGAACCAGCGAAGAAUAACAAAAAGAGGACUAAACCUGGUGAAAGCUGCCGCCCUAGGCCGCGGGACAGACAACUGAUUCAAGAUCGUAUUAAGGAGCUGAGGGAUCUUGUGCCAAACGGGGCAAAGUGCAGUAUUGAUUCCUUGCUGGAGCGCACGGUUAAACACAUGCUGUUUUUAGAAGGUAUCACUAAGCAUGCGGACAAGCUCAAUAAAUGUGCUGAAUCGAAGAUGUAUCAGAAAGGAACAGACACCUCCAACUAUGAAAAAGGUUCAAGCUGGGCAGUGGAGGUGGGAGGCCACUUGAAAGUUUCUUCAAUAAUAGUAGAGAACCUAAACAAAAAUGGUCAGAUGCUUGUAGAGAUGCUAUGUGAGGAAUGCAGUCAUUUCCUUGAGAUAGCAGAAGCUAUCAGAAGUUUGGGUCUGACGAUCUUGAAAGGGAUUACUGAAGCGCAUGGCGAGAAGACAUGGAUAUGUUUCAUGGUUGAGGGACAAAACAACAGAGUUAUGCACAGAAUGGAUAUUUUAUGGUCACUCGUGCAGAUACUACAACCCAAGACUUCAAACUAACAACAAAGAUUAGUCGGCUCUCAGGAGAUUCCGGCUGUAAAAUAGUGAGUGAAUCAUUAUAUGGUAUUUGAUUUGGCAUUUCCUUUUUUUUUUUCAGUUGUGAUUAUUGUUUGUAUUCCCCAUUUCCACAAAAAAUUAUAUAUAUAAGGAAAGGGAAAAAAAUAUGUAAACCAAGAUCUUCUUUGUCUUUUAAGUGUGAGGAUUUAGCUUUAAAACCCAUCAUUUUGUUUUGGAAGUUAAAAUAACAUAAUGAGCUAUAUUUUGCAGUGUC